AAACUCACACAAUUCAAAGCCAUCAUCUUCGACGUCUACGGCACCCUCAUCGACCGCGAAACAGGCAUCCACCGCGCCCUCCUCCCCCUCCUCUCCUCCAUCCCCUCCUCGCACCCCUCACGCACCUGGCCCCUCAAAGAUCUUUUAACUGCUGUCUCCUCGGUCGAACAUAACCUCGAAGCACAGUUUCCGAAUAUGCUGUACACGGACGUGUUGGCGAAUACGCACGCGGAGCUGGCGAAGCGGUUGGGCAGGAAGAGGAGGUUGGAGGCGAUGGAUCGGGAGUUUGCGGAGAGCAUCAAGGAUUGGCCUGUUUUUGGGGAUACGAACGAAGCGCUUCGUUCUCUCUCGACUCACUUCAAACUCAUCGUUCUCUCCAACGUCGAUCGUUUCUCCUUCGCACACACGCACAAAAUACUAUCCAUGCCCCCAUCCUCCUCGCCCUCCAUCGCCUCACCAGGUUCCGACCCCUCCGACCCCUUCUCGCUGAUCAUCACUGCCCAAGACGCAGGCGCCUACAAGCCUUCCUUACUCGCGUAUAACUACGCAUUGGACCAGAUACAGGAGAAGUUGGGUGUGAGGAAGGACGAGGUGCUCGUCGUGGCGCAGUCGUUGAUGGCGGACCAUGUGCCCGCGAAUGAGCUGGGCAUCCCGAGUGUGUGGAUUGAUAGGCAGGGGGCGUGUAUGGGGAAGGAUGUGAAGGGUGUGAAGUGGAUGUGGAAGUUUGAGACAUUGGGGGAGAUGGCGGAGGCUGUUGAG